AUGGGAGAGGAUAGGAUAAGCAUUUUACCUGUUGAUCUGUUGCACCAUAUUCUUUCACUGGUACCAGCUAAAUGUGCUACGCCUACUUGCAUUUUGUCCAAAAUAUGGAAGUAUGUGUCCAACUCUAUCCCUACCCUUGAUUUACGUAAAUGGAAAACUCAAAAACCUUUUAGGGAGGAAGGAAAUAUGGAAACCAAAUCGUUCAAAAAAUUUCUGGACACGGUACUGUUUCUCCAUGAAAAGCCUAGUAUCCAGAAAUUCUAUCUUGAUUUGGAUGAGGAUUUUGACAAAUCUCAAGUUUCUAGAUGGAUCAGUAAUAUCAUUAAAUGUAAAGUUGAAGAAUUUUAUCUUCACAUGAUAUAUUCGAGGAUAUUCUGCACAAUUCCUCUGUCAUUUUUUACUUGUGAUUCGUUGACACUGCUGGAUUUACGUUGCAACAAAGAUGGUGUUGGAAAGUUCAUUAUUCCAAAUAAUCCAAACACAGUUUAUUUUCCAAAGCUCGAGAUCCUUUGGCUCCAGUCUCUUCAGUUUCUGUAUGAAAUAACCUCGACAAGAAAAUUCUUUUCGAACUGCCCCAUCCUUGAAGAGUUGAGUUUGAAUGGUUGUGAGAUGUCCGAGCGGUUAUGCAUUGCAAACCCCACACUGAAGCACUUGGCCAUUACUCACUGUAGAUUACUAGAGUCUACGGUGGAGAUUUAUGCUCCUAAGCUAUUGACCAUUAGCUACAUAGCAGAGCCAGCAGAAGACUAUAUCCUCAGUAGCUUUCCGUCACUAGUCGAGGCCAAUAUUAAAAUUGAUUUGAAGGAUUUCAGCCAAUACGACCACCCAAUCGAAGUAUUUGUCAAGAUUUUUGAAAAGCUUUCAAGUGCAAAGUUCCUUAGAAUCUGUGCUGACUCAUUUCUGAGUGUUAAAAUCACUUGCGUAGAGGAUGAUGAUUGUUGGUCACUUGAUCCUAGACGUUCGCCACCGCACCUCAAGGUAAUCAAAUUCAAAAAUUUCGAAGGGCAAUCAAUGGAGCUAAAUGUAAUUAAACUCUUUCUGAAGUAUGUCCGAUUUAUUGAGGGUGUUACCAUUGUAGCUUCUCUAAGGCUCUCCGAAGACCAUUUGGAACAAAACAUUUUUAUGAAGCAGCUUCUAAUGUUACUGAAACCCCCAAAUUGUAUGGUUAAGUUCUUGACAAGAUCUGAAGACACUUAA